UGCCAUCGUUGCUUACGCUUCGUUUCGCACCUUGAGCUUGAGCUAUUCGUUCGUUGUUGGUUGCUUUGGUUGACGACAUAUGUAGUGUUUCUUGUUGUGAUGCCUUUGUGCGCCAAAUCUGGAGUCUAAAAAAAUAAAUAUAUGUUAAACUGUACGUAGUGAAGUUCGUUUUCGAGCAUCGACGCUGCAGAGUCGCAUUUUCACAUGUAGCGAUAGUGUCACAGGUUUCAACAAUGGGAGAACCUGCUGAUGUUGAAAUUUCUCCAAAGAAAAUAAAAAAGUCACGUUGGGGUCCAAUUGCUGAAAAUGAGCCUUCCGAAACUGAAACCAUGGGAAAGCCGACGGAAGAACCACAAAAAGUCAUUCCUAAUGGGACAGGAAAUGGAAUACAAGAAAACUUACCUGAAAAGACACCUAUCAAGGAAAAGCAGCAGAAGACAAUUAAAAUAACUAAGAUUUCCAAGGCAACUAAGUCAGAGAAAACGAAAGAAGCUGUGAAAUCGUCAGUCAGGGAAGAACCAGACCCAGUCCUACCGACCUCAUGUGACAGCCCGACCAGUUCCAAAUCAAGUGGUGACAGCUUUCAAGGGUUUGACAAUGUGGCCUUGAGUGAAGAACAGCUGAAAAAACAAGAAGCUUUACAGAGGCUUCUAUUGAACCUGGAGGCAUCAAGAAAUGUGAGCAGCAGUGUGUGCAGUUUGGAGGAGGAGCAGGACACAGCGGUGGAACAGAGUGACGUAGAAGACAGCGAGACAGGACGAGACGAAGAAAUGACCGUUGAUACUGACUCGGACCAGAUGGAGAUCGACAUAAGCAAUGACAAGGAAAACUCAUCCAAGGCUGAUUCUGUGGAUUUAAGUGAUGUGGGGACCAAUAGACAAGAUGGUGAAAAUAGGACUAGAGACUCUGACGUUGAUGUUGUUGAAACAGACUCAGUGAAAAGUGGUGGGGACAAGUCCCCCAGCAAAUCUCAGAAAGCUGUGGGCAAUAAGACUGACAGUAAAGUGACAAAUUCCUCAAUUCUAGAGUCAACACUGAAAGGUGGUACCAAAGUGGAGUACUGUGGAGGCUGUGGAGCUGAAGUGGAUGAUGCAGAGGAAGGCAUAUGCUGCGAUGGUGACUGUGAGCGGUGGUUCCAUCUGCGGUGUUCGGGCCUCUCACAAGCUGAGUAUGACGAGUUGGGCCUUGAUGAGAAUGCUAAGUGGGCAUGCAGCAAAUGUUCAGGAACCUCGCCUCCUUCACUUGGAAGGAAGAAUACAAAACCACUUUUAACUGUUCGCAAAGAUCUUGGCACUCUCUCAACACCUUCGCCAAAAAGAAGAUCAAUGAACAAAGACGGUAGAACACCCAGAGUUGAUAUCUCCAAUCCUGCAUUCCUGAAACCCUUUGAUUUUGGAUGGAAACGAGAACUGGUGUACAGGAGCACGAAUGACAGCCAGAACAGGCGCCAGGGAGAUAUUUAUUACUAUACUCCUAAAGGGAAGAAACUCCGUUCACUAAGAGAAAUAUCAGACCAUUUGGUGGGAACUGACCUAACUCAAGAUAAUUUCACUUUCUGGAAGGAACCUCUUGGUAUCGACGAUCCAGAGAAAGAAAUCAUCAGAGAUGCAAAGUUUAAAAUGGUUAAUAAGGACCCGUUGGCAACACCUACCUUGCCCAAGAAAGUCACACCAAAGAUCACAAAAACGCCAAAACCUGCGCCAAAACUGACUGCUACCGUGACUCCCAUGGACAGCUCCAACUCUGUAACACCUAAGGCCUCAGCUAGCAUCACGCCUCGUGUGGUGUUCAAAGGCAAAGCUAACCUAGGUACUGGACCGAAGAUCAAGGUCACUCCUACCAAGGCUGCCACCACUCCUAGCCAGACACAAAAAGUUGUCAUCAGUAAAGACAAGAAGAAGAAGAGUACAAGUGAUGACGAGCUGGAGAUGGGAAUGUUACCUCCAACGUGGGAAUCUGUGUCUAAGUCCAAGGACAAGCUUGGACAGGAGGUGUGCUCCAUCAGCUGUCUCAAGGCCAUGGGUCUAAUUCCUACGCUGCAGUGUCACAUCUGUCUGUGUCUCUUCCACCCGGAGUGUGUGGGCCUGGAGGAAGCCAAAGAACGCAUCAUCCUCAGUUACAAGUGUAAGAAUUGUCAGCAGAAGCAGGAGAAACCAAAACCACCUACAACGACUAGUUCUAAAUUAAUCUUGCCUCCACCUCCUCUAACACCUAUCAGUACUCUAAGUACUACGGGGACCAGUCAGCCCCCCAUGGCACCACCAAAAUUGCUACGAAUGGCCAAUGGAAAAUCUACUGUUGGUCCUCGGGGAAGGCUUCCUCUUACAAAAGCUACUUCUAUCGUAGGUGGUGUGACAACAUGGUUACCGCCCUCAUCUACUAUUCAGCUCCGACCCUCACCUCCUACCACCACCAAAAUGUCCCCCUUUCAGAGGCCACUGCCUCCUACCACGACUACCGUGGUGGACUCCCAGACCACACAACCCGUUCAGACUUUGGUUUCUAUGGACUGCAAGCGUUACAUCGUGGUCCCUAAACACAAUGUCCUGUCCGUGUCACCGGCUACCACCUCAUCUGCCCAAGUCACUGACCCGGUCACCACCCACAUCACCACAUCCGCUUCUGACCCGAGCACAACCGUGUCUGCACUCGUCUCACAAGCUUUUGGGCCUGGCGGACCUAUUCUACCUAAACCGCAAGUGUCCACUUCUGCUGCAUUUAUUGUCGGUUCUCCUACUAGUACGACUAGCACCUUUCAGAACCCGCCAGGCGUCCUUCUAGUCCCCUACAUUGCACCACAGUCACAGACCAACCCGAUACAGAAGGACGGUCAACAACCUCAGUACAUUGUAGUUAACGGACCCUCAGGUCUCCAGCCGGGCAAUUUCAUCAUCGGAAACAUUCCACAACAGCAGCAGUUAAAGCUGCCAACAGUCCCUACAUCACAGCCUGCUGAACCUCCUCCAGAGUCCGCUGGAGUCAAAAGGCCGCUGGAGGUAUCAGAAGAGACUCCACAGGCCAAACGAGCCAGGAGGGAGGUGGAGAUAUCAAAGUACAUGCAGAACUUUGUACAACACAUCAGCUUCGGAUACAGUGCUUUACUGCACUCCUUUCAGUACCUCAAGGUGCAGGAGCUGCUGAGGGCAAGUCGUGUCUGUCACCUGUGGCGAGACAUGGCACUGCACAGGUCCCUGUGGGAGACUGUGAGAAUGAAGAACUCACAAGUGAAGGACUGGGAAGGGUUUGCUGCCACUUUGCGCAGUGUUGGUACCAAACAUCUUGAUUUGAGAAAAAUUCUAAUGCCUGACAAACAAGAGGCCCUCAAGACAAUGUGGAUUGAUUGUGUGAAAGCGCUGAGUAAGGUAAAUACGUUGGUGAAGUUAGAUCUGUGUCGCUGCACCUCGAAUCUCCUGGAGCAGAUAGCUGCUGUCUGUCCGCAGCUGGAGUACAUAUCAGCUGGAGCUAUCAAGAGCAGUGUAAUUAGUUUGAAAAACCUAGGAAAUUGUGCAAAUUUGACAGAAUUGAAGCUCAAAGGUCAAGGAGGAUUAGAGGUCGAAGAUGCUUCCGUACUUAUGAAUCUCACUAAAUUAAAGCACCUGUCACUGACCGUGGUCAAGAACAUGUCAGAUGUACUGGAGGUGGUAGGCAAGAUGACUCAGCUGGAGUCUCUAGAGCUGGGGGAAAUGAUCAAUGUGACAGAGACACAGGUGAUACAGGGCUUCUCACAGCUCACUAAACUCAAACGGCUUCGCCUCGAGAAGGGACAACAGGACUGCCCUACAGAUGCCAUCCUACGGACCAUCAGUCAGUUACCGUCUCUGAUACAGCUAGAGCUUAUAAAUUUUGAUGUCAAGGCUGGAUUUGAGGUAUCCUUGGCUCGAUGUUCAAACAUCAAAAUACUGCUCAUGAUUCCCACCUAUGUAACACAGUCAGCAACUACCAACCACCUGGUGAUGGAGGGUGUAAGCAAACUGAGCAAAACGCUGAACCACUUUGUUUGGGGAUUAACACUAGAGUUGUUGAGAGUCACGGAUCUGUUUAUCGACCAGUGGGAGAUGGGCCAGAAGAACACAUCAGCAAAGAGCCCCACUCAAAAUCCACAGAAGAAAUCUGGAGGAGACAGUAUUCCGAUCCUGAAGCCUGCCAUCGUCGAUGGUAAGAAGCCCAAGGAGGGAGCAGUGACGCAGGUGGAUGUGCUGCAACUGCCUAAGCUGCACAAAGUGCUGACCGCCUUGCUACCCAACACAAAGAUAAUAAUCCUGAAAGUUCCGUUCAGUGCCACAUGGCGACAGACCAUUGCUGGUUCAAAUCAGGGACUUUAAACUCACUGUGGAGACUAUUUAAAGUAUUUUCAUUGAGUGUAAAUUAUUGAACAGUUAAUUUUUAAGAACUGACACAAGAUCGUUUUUCAGGGGAGUUAACCUUCUCACUGCUUGUUUAGCCCCAACAAUACUUUCAUUGUGGAUAUUCUGUAUCAUUUCUGUUGUUCAGUGUAAUAUUUCAAUCAAGAUAUGUUUGCCAGUCUUAAAUAUUUGACUUGUAUACUAUGUAUACUAUUUUUUUUCUGUAAAACAGGUAAUACUUUUUUAAUUACUGAUUCAAUUAUGGUAGUACUUAUAUUCAAAAUGUCUACUUUAUGAGCUAUUUAAAAGUACCAUUUCAUAAUUAUGAAAUUCCAAUUGACAAAUUGUUGUUGUACUAUGGCGGCUAAUAAUUAUGCUCGAAAUACUGUAUUGUAAUACUAAUGAAAGUCCAUCACCACAACCUGUCCAAAUUUUUGUUUGUAAAAACUACAAGUCAGAUAACCCCUCAGUAAAGUUUAUUUUUUGUAUUUAUGCAGUUAGUAAAGAGGCAUUGUGCUUUUAAGUUAUUUAUAGUUUUUUAAUCAUUUGUUUAAUUGGUCAUCCAUCAUUCUUAAUACCGAUCACUUUAUAUCCUACUAGGUAGUAGAAACAGUUUUAUAUUAUAUAUUUUGUAUUUCUUAUUAUGGCCAUAAUCCUGAGAGUUCUGAGAGCAUGGUGUCAGUAAUAAAUACUCCUCUUGACCUGGGUAUAUUGUCUAAUGAUAUAUCAACACUUAUUAUUUGUCACUGUCAUGUUCGUUAAAGUCAGAUAAAUCUGAAAUUGUAUACUUAGAAAGAUAUUCAACUAUAUAUAGUAAUAAAAUCCUGGUUAACCGAAUAAUGGGGGAGGGCUAGCUAUUUUGGAUAACCAAUUUUUCAGUUAACCUAAUUACAUCUUAAAAUAACCUAUUAUAAUGGGUGCAUGGGGGAAAUGGUUUAUGUACAAACAAUUUCUGUAAAUUAUACUUUGAGAAUGGUGGCAUGAGCAUUAAAGAUGACCAAUAGCGGCGGCUUGAAUUGACCAGUGCGUGACGGGCGCUUGUUCAGCAUAGCGCAGCGGCUGUUUGUAUGGGAGGACCCCUGUCACUAGAACGGUGCGUCAAGCACACACACACUCUUCUACCCAGAAGUGGAGGGCUUGUUCAAUAUUCUACUGUUGAAUAUAGACUAUUUCGCUCAGUUAUUUACAUACAUAUUACCAUUCAUGAAACCGUUUCGGUUAACCGGGUUGUACUGUAUCUUUAUCACAAACACAUUUCCAACGUGACAACGUAACGCAUUUAUUUACGAAUAACUAAUCUGGUGAAUGUUUCAAAAUAUGCUUUUGUUACAAAGUUCCCACUAAUGUAGAAGAAAAUCAACUACACAUCGCUAUGAAAUUUUAACUUGUUUAAGUUGUGGCUAUAAAGACAAUUAAUAUUCAUACUUUUAUAUUAAUCAACAUCUUAAUCAAUGAAAAACUCAUGAUAUUGGCAUCCAAGGAAAGUAAUGAUCAAACUGAAUGUUGCACUAACCAGAGAUGUUUUUAGCAUUAUUGUUUGAUUCAGAACAGUUUUAAUUAGAGUUAUACAUAAUUGUCGUCUUAUAUUAAGUUUUUUAAUGCCGUUUGUAUUUCCAUAAUUAUUCCAAUGUUUUUGUUUUUGUGUGUGUAUUUCUACCUAUGUUUUUUCUCAAAAUUAUAUCUAGUGAGAACACAACCAUUUUCAGAUUCUUGCAAAUGUUUGAAAGUACAUACAGUUAAUAAGAAGUAGUCAUUUUGUUAAUGCAUCAACAAAGAAAUCAAAUAGUUUAUAAUAAAUGGUAAUUAAGUGAUUUAAAAACCAGUUUCAUUGGCCUGUAUGAAAACAUCCUGUGUUCAAUAAUUGCUGCUUUUGCAAUUUUUUGUUAGAAAUCAGUUAAAAAUUGUUUCAGAUGUAUUUAAUGUUUUACUGGAACACACUAUUAUUUAAUGUAUACAAUAAGCAUUUAGUGCAUUAGCAUGUGUUUUCGUAACUUGAGAUACUACGGGGCAUACUUGGAAUUGACAAAGCCUCAUACAUUUUGUGUAGGCCUGAAGGUUAAGCUGUGGUAGAUAAGGUAUUUAGUUUGGUUUUGUAUAUUUUUGUUUCUUUGUUUGAAUAUAAAAAUUUAAGAUUAUUAUGUUUCCAAUCACUGAACAAUUGUAUUUAAUUUACAUAAUAUUCCAAAUUGUUGAGUCAUUCUUGUACCUUAGAUGCACAGAGUCAAAAUAUUUAGUACAUCCUAUUCUAUUUUUACCAACUUGGUUUUGAUAAAGACUAUAUUGAAUUAGUACUUCUUUAAAUAAAGUUAUAAAUAUUUCAAAAUAUAAAAAAACUUGGUUGAGUUUUUAAAAAUAUGUUUCCCGUAGCAUUAUUUUUAAGAGUUGAUUUUGGCAUGGGUCUCAUUUUAAUUGCAGUUUUGAGAGUUAUUUAUAUUUGAUUUUUUUAUCCUAAAAUAAAGUAUAUAAAAUUGUACUAUCAUAAUGAUUUGUAGCAUACAACAAACAUUGUCAGAGUGUUAAUUACUAACAAUUAUUUAAAAGUUAUAAUAAAUAGUGAAUUUGCAUUUUUGAGGGUUUUAUUUAUAUCUGACUACUCUAUUUUUAAUCCUAAAAUAAAAUAUAUUAAAUUUCAUUAUUAUUAUUAGGAUAUGUAGCAUUACAACAAACAUUGACAGUGUUAAUUUCUAAUAAUUAUUUAAGAGUUGUUAUAGUCAAUUCAAUAUGUCCACAAUGGUUGUUUUUGUAUUGUUAUGUAUAGUAAAUGAGUUGAGGGAAACGUUAGUGUCAAAUAAAUUAAUAACAUCUAGAAUUUUCAGUUCUUCAAUACUUUUUUCAUAAUAAAAACAUUAAAAGUAAAAAAUAUAAAUAGUAUUUACUUACAUUGUUUAUUUACAUUCAGUUAUGUUUAAUUAGUCACUAAACGAUAUUUUAGUUAUUUUAUAAUGUUGUAAUGUAUUUAUUUUAAAAUAAAUACAAGUCACAUUUUUUAA